GCACAUACGACCACAGGGUGUGGAAAACAGGGCUUCCCGUCCGCUCAGCCGUACUUAAGCCACACGCCGGGAGCGAAUCCCUUCUGUUGUAUGUUUUUGGGUCGGUUUCGACUCGAUCUUCACUCUCUUGGUCGCACGGAGAUCCCAAGAAAUGUAUUUUCUUUUUUACAGUCCGUUCGAGUAACCAUAUCGAUUGUACUGCACUCUGCCUCCCAUAUGAUGAUUCUCUAUGUAGGAACGACACUUAAUCGCGCAAUGUAUGCACUGUUAUUUUAUCCUCCGUGGAGUGCAUCUACGAUCCUGUUAGUGGUCAAGAUGUGA